AUGUACUCCCCGGAUAAGAUGAAGUCCGGGGGAGGGCUGAUGGCGCCCCCCGGGUGCUUCCCGGGGCGCUACAGCCCGACUUACAGGAGCUCGGACCCGCGGCGGUGCGUGCCUAACCCAUCAAGUCGAAUAUUGGAGGAUGCAUCGCUCAUGUGUAACUCCUGGUCACCAAGACAUAAUGGCGACCUCUUCAGCGGCCUUAAUGACGGUCUCCUCAGCCGUGCCGAGGCGCUGGCAGCAGUGGACAUCAGCAAGCACCAAUCCGGACCCCAGCCCGGACCCCCGCUACCCCAGCUCAAACAUGACAUGGUAUACCACCAUUCCGUGGGCGGUCCACCGCCGCAUAACGCGAGACCGCAUCAGCCUUUCUUUUCACAGAUGGGCCACCACGGAAUGGAGGGCCUGGACAUGUUGGAUCCCCUGACUUCCUCGUCUAUGACCACGUUAGCGCCGAUGGGCGAGGCGGCGCCGCCACAUCAUCAGUUACACGGCUACGGAGCCAUGAACCACGUGAUGAACCACCACCACCACGCAGGAGGUCUCACGCACGCUCCCCCCGCCCAUCUAGGACACCCAGCAGCCGCUCUCCACCCGGACACAGACACGGACCCUCGGGAACUGGAAGCGUUCGCGGAAAGGUUCAAACAGCGGCGAAUCAAACUCGGCGUCACCCAGGCGGACGUCGGCAAAGCCUUGGCGAACCUCAAACUGCCCGGCGUUGGCGCGCUAUCGCAAAGCACCAUCUGCCGAUUCGAGAGUCUCACGCUGAGCCACAACAAUAUGAUCGCACUGAAACCCAUUCUCCAAGCGUGGCUGGAGGAGGCAGAGGCGCAGGCGAAGAACAAAAGACGGGACCCCGACGCGCCCAGCGUAUUGCCUGCCGGUGAAAAGAAACGCAAGAGGACAUCUAUAGCGGCGCCAGAGAAGCGGAGUCUGGAGGCGUACUUCGCGGUGCAGCCGAGACCUUCAGGGGAGAAGAUAACCGCGAUCGCGGAGAAGCUGGACCUCAAGAAGAACGUGGUGCGCGUGUGGUUCUGCAACCAGCGGCAGAAACAGAAGCGCAUGAAGUUCGCGGCGCAGCACUGA